UGUGCGAGAGCGAGCAGACGGGCAGCCAGGCAGGCAGGAGGCAAAGCGAGGCGAGGCGCGGAGCGCGGCCUUCCUGCUCACUGAGUGGCAUGACGCUGGCGGUGUCUGGCGGCUUCUCGCUGCUGGCCAACCUGAGCCAGCAAGAGCAGGAGGCGCUGCAGCGGGCGGCGGCAGUGGCCGACCUGCUGCCCGAGCUGGGCGCCGCCGACCUGGCGGGCAUGUCGCUGAGCCCGCGCGCGCACCACGCGCACCCACACCCGCACCACCAGCACGCGCCGCAGCCGCACACCACGCCCUUCUCCGUCUCCGACAUCCUGAGCCCCGUCGACGAGGCGGGCCAGAGCUCGUCGCAGCCGGGCGGCGGCGCCGCGGGCUCGGGCUCGCCGUACCGCAGCUCGUCGUCGAGCAACGGCGCGGCGCACAGCCCGCCGCCCGGGCCGGGCCCGCAGGCGCCGCCGCAGCCGCCGCAGCAGCAGCAGCCGCACGUGGCGCCCUCGUCCGUCGUCUCCAGCCCCUACAUGCAGCUGUCGCAUCACCACCAGUUCUCGGGCGCGGCUCAGUACUGCAACGGCUCCGACAUCUCGGCGCACUACGGCGACAUGCGCAACUCGGGCUGGUACGGCGCCGCCACCGCCAACGACCCGCGCUUUGCAAUCUCGCGGCUGAUGGGGUCAUCGGCGGCGACGGCGAGCAUGAACAUGAACAUGGGCAACAUGGCCGGCCUGUCGACGUGCAGCGUCACGGCCGACACCAAGCCCAUGCAGUUCCCGCUGGCGCAGCGCCGCAAGCGGAGGGUGCUCUUCACGCAGGCCCAGGUGUACGAGCUGGAGCGGCGGUUCAAGCAGCAGAAGUACCUGUCGGCGCCGGAGCGCGAGCACCUGGCCAGCCUCAUCCACCUCACGCCGACCCAGGUGAAGAUCUGGUUCCAGAAUCACCGGUACAAGUGCAAGCGGCAGGCUAAGGAGAAGGCGAUGGCCGAGCAGAACGCGCAGAACCAGGCGCAGAGCUCCCCGCGGCGCGUGGCGGUGCCGGUGCUGGUGAAGGACGGCAAGCCGUGCGCGGGGGCGGGAGACGGGGGCGGCGGAGGUGGCGGAGGCGGCGGGGGCGGCGGCGUCCGGACCGCCGGGGGCGCCUCCCCGCAGAGCGCGCCCUGCGCGCACAGCCCCAGUGGAGCCAUGCAGGUGCAGCAGACGGCGCCGGCGGGGCAGCACGGCCACCAGGCGGCGCAGCAGCAGCAGCAGCAGUGCGCCAGCCUGCUGUACCAGCGCCAGAACCUGCACCACGCGGCCGCCGUCGCCAUGAUGCCGCACCACCAGCAGCAGCACAUGUCUGCGGCGGCGGCGGCGGGCUCCUACCUGCCGCUGCAGGGCCGCGCCUGGUAGGA